UGCGAGCGAACGAGGGCGAACGUGUGUGAUGUCAUCCACUGUCUGCCGUGUCUGUAGUGCUCCAGCGGCGCAGCGCUGUGCCGGCUGUCAGCAGGUCGGGUACUGUGGCCGCGACCAUCAGCGGGCCGAUUGGAAGGCCCAGCAUCGUGACCAGUGUCGUCGGUUCAAAGUUGUACGCAAUGAUCGGCUUGGGCGCCAUCUGGUGGCGACGAGACACAUCAAGCAGGGUGAAAUCAUCUACCGCGAUGAGCCGUACGCGGUCGGGCCGAAGAUAGCGAACGUGCCGCUCUGUCUCGGCUGCAACCGCAAUCUGAUGGCCGGUUGGGAUGCGACCCGCGGGCUCGACCGCUUCUAUGAAUGCUCCCGGUGUGGUUGGCCGCUUUGCGGGCCGGGCUGCGAGGAGGCGGCCCAGCACCGGCCGGAGUGCAGUGUGCUGGCGGGCAGCGGCUACCGCCCCAACAUCCGGCCCAACCCGUCCAAUCCCGAGCAGCGCGAAUCGGCGUACUGUGUGAUAGUGCCGCUGCGCGUGCUGCUGCUCGAACGGAUCGCGCCCGAGCGGUAUGCAACGGUGCAGGGGUUCGAGUCGCAUCUGGACGAACGGUUGGCUAGCCCCCUGUACGGCGUGUUGCGCUCGAAUCUGGUGCCGUUCCUGCGUCAGGUGCUGCGGCUGCAGCAGUACAGUGAGCAGACGGUGCUGCAGCUUAGUGCCAUCCUGGACACGAACUGCUACGAGAUUCGGCUGCCGGAGCAGCAUGUGAAGGUGCGCGGGCUGUACCCGCUCGGUGCGAUGCUGUCGCACGACUGUCGCCCGAACACGAAGCACUAUUUUGACGACCGGCUGCAUAUGGUGCUGGUGGCGACGGUCGACAUCCCGGCCGGUGGUGUCAUCCACGCGUCCUACACGCAACCUCUGCUCGGGACGGUCCAGCGCCGGCUUGCCCUUCGGCAGGCAAAGUGUUUCGACUGCUGUUGCGAGCGAUGCUCCGAUCCGACGGAGUACGGCACGAGCGCCAGUGGAUUCCGGUGCCCCAACUGUCGCCGGACGCCGAGCCUAGUGCUGGCGGCGGAACCGACCAACUACCGGACCGUUUGGCGCUGCCAGAACCGACGAUGCGCGUACCAGGAGCGGCCGGACCAGUACGUGGCGCGCUGCGAAGGAAUGCAGCAGGAGCUGCUCGGGCUCGAUCGCACCGAACCGGCCGGCUACGAGGAGUUUCUCGCACGCCACGCUACCACCCUGCACCCCUGGAACGCGUACAUGCUGCAGGCGAAGUAUGCGCUGACGCAGCUGCUAGGCAGCGCCCGCCCAGCCAAAGCUCCGCCCUCGGAAGCUGCCGCUCGGCGAACGGUGGAGCUGUGCCGCGAUUUGCUGGCGGUGGCCGAGCGACUCGAGCCCGGUUACAGCACCUUCCGUGCCAAGCUGCUGCUGGAGCUGGGGUCCGCACUCGCCACCCUACAUGCGCUCGGCGUCUUAUCGGAUCCCGAACGACAGGAAUGGCGCACGACAAGAGCCGAGCUGGAGUGCAUUGCCAAAACGGACCCAACCGUGGACGUCAGCAGCGUUGGCAAGGAAAAUGGCUCGUCGUAAACAACCACUCAACCGUGCCGGGCGAAAAAAACGAAGUGCGUUCUGUAAUCGAUGUAAGCCAACCCACGCCUCCCCGUCCUCAAGCUUUCACGCAUCCUGACGCCCGUUCCGAUGAUUGACCGGGUGCUUGAGAAUAAAUUCCAAGGAUUUUCUUUACCAGUUGCCCUUUGGUUCCUUUCCCGUUGAAGGGUGUAAUCUUUUUUUCCGGCAGAAUGAUUAUCGAUACAGUGUGUGUAUGAGUGUGUGUGUGUGUGUGUGUGUGUGUGUGUGUGUGUGUGUGUGUGUGUGUGUGUGUGUGUGUGUGUGUGUGUGUGUGUGUGUGUGUUAAUGUGUGAAAAUUCACUUACCCAACCGCAAGGACAUUGAAGGACACCGGGAUUUAGAAGAUACCCUUCACCCUUCGCAUAGUUUAGGACGAAGACUUUCCCCGCUGCUUUGUCCGCUGCUUCGUCUUCUCUAUCGCUUUCUGCUGUGCAUGACACCUUUUCCUAGUGGGGGACUUAUCAGCGCACGUGUCUGUGUGUGUGUGUGUCAACGAUGGGGUUCAACGAUGCCAUUCUCCCCGCGGUAUCGCACGCAAUCCCCGGUACGCUUUUCCCCGAAACGGCGAAGCCCGCCAAAUACCGCUUCGUCACGAACCUUGGAAUGUGUGGGCGCGUAAAUAGUGGCGUAACCUUUUUUGUCCCACGCUUGGCUCGCAACGAAUCACGCGAGCGAGUCAAUGUAGAAAUGGUUAAAUUCAAUAGUGAUGAAAUUGUAACUUCCUGUUGUUUUCACGCGACAUGUACACACGCCUGACACGCUUGGCGUACCUUGUAGUGAUGGGCAAAAUGGGCCUGCAGUCGGAUUUAAAUUGAUUCGAAUCCAGCUGUUUUCGUUUUCGAAUCAGAAUCAACUCUAGAAAUACUGGGAGGGGAGGGGGGAGGACGAGAAGAGAGAAGGGUUGUUGAAGUUCUUGGGUAAAUUUGAAAAUCUGAGUUUGGGAAAAAAAAUUAACUUUAUUGUGUUUUGUUCACAAUUUUUGAACUGAAAUAAGAAAACCAUAUACAGUAGAACCCCUCAUAACCAAUUUAAUCCGUUCCAAAUAACUCACUCGUUUUCCGGGAGGCCCUUUUUCAUUUAAUUUGUAUGAAAAGAGAAAUAAUUGUUUCCAGGUCAAGAAAGGUAUAUAGGGACCGGGACAGGUAUAUAGGAAUUAUAUGCAUCACAACCUUACGGAAUACCUUCCAGCGUUAACAGUAAUCCAUUGACCAAUUCUUGGUAUUGAAAUUCUCGUCCUCAUGAGCAAGUAGAUCAAGAAUGCAUGCAAGAACACACCUAUCAAUACACCUCACACUUGUGACACACAAGCUUCUUAGGGAGGUGCACUACGCACUAAAAUCCUGCCCACUUCCACGGCCGAAGCCCAGGAGAGCCUUCAAUAUUGUCAAAUUAGAAGGAAAGAAAUGGAGCAAUUGAACUGAAGACACUAGCCAGCAUCGUGAAUAAAUGAACUCUUUUUAACAGUCGUUUAAAAUUCAUUUUGGUUUAACUGAGCUCAUUUACAAAAAUAGGUAUCAUCAAUUUUACAAGAGCUCAUAGAACUCUACCUUAAAAAAGUCGUUAUUUAAUAAUGAAAAGAAAAUAAUGGUUUAGGCAACUACUUUAUCUCAUUCAACAUUUUUGAAUAAAUAAAAAUAUUUGAAUAAAAUCAA